AUGGCGCUGGAGCGGGCGCUGCUGGCGGCGCGGCAGGGCGACGUGGAGGCGCUGCGGGGGCUGCGGGCGGCGGGGCUGCUGCGGCCGGGGCUGCGGGACGCGCUCGGAGCCUCCCCCGCGCACCACGCCGCCCGCGCCGGCCGCCUCGCCUGCCUCCGCUACCUGGCGGCCGAGGCCGCGCUGCGCGGCGACGCGCGGGCGCGCAACGGGGCCACGCCGGCCCACGACGCCGCCGCCACCGGCAACCUCGCCUGUCUGCAGUGGCUGCUCACGCAGGGGGGCUGCGGCGUGCAGGACACAGACAACUCCGGUGCCACUAUCCUACAUCUUGCAGCCCGAUUCGGUCACCACGAGGUGAUUGACUGGCUCCUCCGCUUCGGAGGCAGCGACCCCACGGCAGCCACAGACACGGGAGCGCUGCCGGUCCACUACGCUGCGGCCAAAGGGGAUUUCCCCUCCCUGCGACUUCUCCUAGGACACUGCCCAAGCACUCUCAGUGCCCAGACCAAGACCGGUGCCACCCCUCUGUACCUCGCCUGCCAGGAGGGCCACCUCGAGAUCAUCCAGUACCUGGUGAAGGACUGCGGGGCUGACCCCCACGUGCGCGCCAAUGACGGCAUGACCCCACUGCACGCCGCGGCCCAGAUGGGCCACAACACCGUCAUCGUCUGGCUGAUGAGCUUCACGACGGUGAGCCUGUCAGAGCAGGAUGACGACGGGGCCACAGCCAUGCACUUCGCCGCCAGCCGCGGACACGCCAAGGUGCUGAGCUGGCUCCUGUUGCACGGGGGCGAGAUCACAGCAGACGGCUGGGGCGGCACGCCACUGCACGAUGCCGCUGAGAACGGCGAGCUGGAGUGCUGCCAGAUCCUGGUGGUGAAUGGUGCCGACCUCAGCAUCCGCGACCAGGAUGGCUACACAGCAGCUGACCUCGCCGACUACAACGGCCACAGCCACUGCGCCAAGUACCUGCGCACCGUGGAGAACAUGAGCGUGGAGCACCGCGUGCUGUCGCGAGACCCCUCAGCAGAUGGGGAGUGCCGGCAGCCCGACUCGGGCAUGUCGUCGCCCAACACCACGGCGUCGGCGCCCCAGGCACGCUUUGAGGUGGGCUCCCCCGCCAGCACCCUCUCCAACUACGACUCCUGCAACUCCAGCCAGUCGAGCACCGGAGAGAAGAGGGGUGGCCCCCACGGGGCCCCCACAGCCCCGCUGACGGACAUGCAGGCGUACAUGGACAUGCUGAAUCCCGAGACGCGGCCACGGGGCAGGGGGUCAGCAAGUGAGGGCCCCCCACCGCCACCCCCCAGCUUCCCCCCGCCGCCGCCCCCACCUGCCACCCGCCCACCCCCGCCGCCCCCCGGCUACCCUGCACCUGCGCCCCCCACCUCCCCCGAUACUGCUGACAUCUACGUGCGGGCCAAGAACAACCUGCGGCACGUGGAGAGCCAGGCGCUGCGCAGAGAGCUAGCAUCACGCGAGGGCAGCCCUGAGGGCCUGCGCCGGGCCGACUCCACGAGGCGGUCGAGGAACUUCAGCAAGCAGCCAAGCACGGGCGAUUACUAUAAGCACCUGGGGCCCAGCGCGGUGGAGCUGCCUGGCCCCCGCAGGAUGGCACACAGUGAGGAGGCCUCUCCCCUCUCCGCGGACACCAUGCACAACGGGGGCCCGGCAGAGAGCAAGCCUGGCGCCGAGCUGCCGCCCCCGCCGCCGCCCCCGCCGCUGCCCGAAACUGCCUGCCCACCGCCACCACCGCCACCUCCGCCAGCUGAGGCCCCCACCGGCCCCCGUCGCUCCUCCUCCUCCACGGGAAAAGGAAAGGCUUUGAGACAGAUGAAGAGCACCAAGUCGUUCAACAUGAUGUCCCCCACCGGCGACAACUCGGAGCUCCUGGCUGAGAUCAAGGCUGGGAAGAGCCUGAAGCCGACGCCGCAAAGCAAAGGCUUCACCACUGUCUUCUCUGGCAGUGGCCAGGCAGGGGCCAACGCCGAGUCGCCGCUAUCCUCCCCAUCGCCCACCAGGACACCCACCCCGCCGGCCACCCCCGAGGCUGUGGUGCUGCCGCGCUGUGUGGCGGGGGGCUCACCGGAGCUGGUGCUCAAUGGGAGCUCACCGGUGCCGGGGCCGGGGGCCGGGGGCCCGCCAGAUGCGGAGGCGCUGGUGCCGAGCCAUGAUGAGCAGGGCCGGCCCAUCCCCGAGUGGAAGCGGCAGGUGAUGGUGCGCAAGCUGCAGCUCCGCAUGCAGGAGGAAGAGGAGCAGCGGCGCAAGGAGAAGGAGGAGGAGGCGCGCCUGGCCAGCAUGCCAGCCUGGAGGAGGGACAUCCUGCGCAAGAAGCUGGAGGAGGAGAGGGAGCAGAAACGGAAAGAGCAAGAGAAGCUGAAGCGAGAGGAGGAGGAGAAGGAGAAGGAGCAGUCAGAAAAGCUAAGGACUCUUGGGUACGAUGAGACAAAGCUGGCACCCUGGCAGCGGCAGAUCAUCCUCAAGAAAGGGGAUAUAGCGAAGCACUAG